AUAAAGACGAGCAUGCUCAACGCAGCUCAGUUUCCUUCAUUGUACUAAUUCAUCCAAAACAAGAGCGACACUAGUCCAUCGUACCAUUAUUAGCUCAACCAGAACAUCCCCAUCAAGUACCCCACAGUUUGAACUCAUCUCACGAUGUCCGGCCUUCAAACCCUCUUCGCGCCGGCUCCCGAGCCCAAGACCGAGCUCGGUCGAUACCGCGUCCUGUCCACCACCGCGGGUGUCAGGGUCUCCCCCCUCUGCCUAGGUGCCAUGUCCAUCGGCUCUGCGUGGUCGUCCUUCAUGGGUUCCAUGGAAAAGGAGGACUCGUUCAAGCUUCUCGAUGCCUUUGUCGAUGCCGGCGGCAACUUCAUCGACACCGCCAACAACUACCAGAACGAGGAAUCCGAGGAGAUUUUGGGAGAAUGGAUGGCUGCAAGGAAGAACCGGGACACCAUGUUCAUUGCGACCAAGUUCACGACGCAGUACCGCAAACAGGCGCUUGGACCCGGUAAAUGUGUCAAUUAUUCUGGCAAUCAUAAGAAGUCGCUGCACCUCUCGGUCCGGGAUUCCCUCAGAAAGCUGCAGACGGACUAUAUUGACCUGCUCUACAUCCACUGGUGGGAUUGGACGACCUCUGUCGAGGAGCUGAUGGACUCGCUCCACAUUCUGGUCGAGCAGGGAAAGGUCCUGUACCUCGGCGUUUCUGAUACACCCGCUUGGGUCGUUUCCGCUGCGAACACCUACGCCAAGGCGCAUGGCAAGACCCAGUUCUCCGUUUACCAGGGUCGCUGGAACGUUCUCAUCCGCGACAUGGAGCGGGACAUCAUCCCCAUGGCUCGCCACUUUGGCAUGGCUCUCUGUCCCUGGGAUGUCCUUGGCGGCGGCAAGCUGCAGACCAGGAAGCAGCUCGAGGAGCGCAAAAAGGCUGGCGAGGGCUUGCGUGCCAUGCUUGGAGGGGACCAAUCCGAUGAUCAACGCAAGGCCAGUGAGGUUCUUGAGGAAGUUGCCAAGGAGCAUGGCAUUGAGAGCAUUCAACAGAUUGCCCUGGCCUAUGUCAUGCAAAAGGCACGCUACGUUUUCCCCAUUGUUGGUGGUCGCAAGGUGGAGCACUUGGAAGACAAUAUCAAGGCCUUGAGCAUUCACCUCACUGGGGAUCAGAUCAAGAAGAUUGAGAGCUUCAAGGAGUUCGACAUUGGUUUCCCGAUGAAUUUCAUUCUCGAAGAUCCCAGAGAGGGUGGCGCAACGGCACCAUUGGUAGCUGCUUCCGCCCCGAUGGCGUGGCAGUCUCAGGGUAAGCCGAUUGGGCACGAGUAGAGAUAGUACCUUGAAAGUUUCCAACAUCAAAACGUUAAGAUCAAUAAUCGUAAGGUCCAUUUGGAAUCAGAUGUUCCUUGUUCAUUAAAAUUAUCUUGAUAUCAUCUG